CGUACACUGCGCGCAAUAGACGGCAGAGUUCACCCUCUGCCCCUGCCCUCCUUUCGCUGACCCUGGGGCCCGUCUCAUGUACUGCUGUACCAUCGUCGACAGCGACCAGGUGCUGUCAGCAGGCCGCUCUCGCACGCCACUCCAAGCCUUCCUUGGUGCGAGAUAGAGCCGCAGCCUUGCCCAACGAGCCCUCGAUGCGACUUCACAUUCCGCUCAUAACAAAUUCGACACCACACACGCACCGGCGGGGCAAGCACACCGCGCACUAACACCGAGCGAUCGCAUUCACCCACUUCGUCUGCUCGGCCACUGCACGAUCCAGCAAUUCCGCCGACUGCCCGCGGCUACUACCAUCGAUCCGGUGUCGCAGUGAAACUUCUGUGGCCGACGCCGUGGACGCCUUUGAGACGCUUUCUCCUUGAGGUCUGGCCUGCACGCCGCUGCUUGGGGCCGGCUCGUGCAACGCUGCAGUGGGCGUUCGGCUGUUGAUUUGCACCGCGACGAACAGCGCUGGGCAGAAGCGGCCCACCGGCAAUCGAGACGGCGGCACGGGCACAACACCAACAUUGUCGACAAACGACACACGACCGUGAGACGUGCUGUCUCACCAAUCCAAACUGGCGUCGAUACAGGCGCCGUUUCGGCAGGCUUGUCUGACUGGUGGGAGAAGAGGAAAGAGUAUGCUUGGCCGAUCAGGAAGGAGCUCUUCACACUACACUUCCUCGUCGUCUACCUCCGCGUCGUCGACAUCGUCCAGCAAGUAUUCUACGAGCUCGUCGGUGAGCACCGUGGAGUACGGCGCCGACGACUACGACGCAAUGUCUGGUGGGGACGCUCCAGGCCGACCGCUGUCUGUUGCGAUACCCGGCAUGGGCGCUCAUGGCCCAUACUGCCCACGCAGACCGAAUCUGAGAGAAAUACUGGCCAACACAUCACCGCCGCCAUGGACUUUGGCCGCCUUCAUGGCAUAUCUUUCGAAUAACCACUGCCUGGAAACGCUGGAAUUCACAAUGGACGCCGGACGCUACAAAAAGCACUACGCGAAGAUGAUGUCGAGAGCGCAGGGAGACGGGAUACCGCCCGCGAAGGACCGCGAAUAUGUUCAGGCGCUCUGGCAACGCUUGGUGGAGGCAUACAUUCAGCCCAACGGCUCACGCGAAGUGAACUUGCCCUCCGCUGUUCGGGAUCCCAUCAUCAAUUUGAAGCCCAAGGAAAUGCCACCUUCGCCCGAAACACUGGACCCGGCCGUGGCGAAGAUCUACGAGUUGAUGGAAGAGUCCGUGCUGGUGCCCUUCCUCAAUAGCGUAUAUCCACAGACUGCCGUCGCUGCCGUCAACUCAUGCCCAUACAACACAUCGGAAGAUAGCAUGUCCAUGCUAUCCAGGACGUACGAGGAUCGAUCCAUGUACACCCGGCGAUCACGACAAGGGCAGCGAAAUUCACCGCCACCCAAGACCUAUCCCCAGUCUGCAGUCGAACCACAUGCCCACUCUUACUCACCUGGUACACGAACCCGGCAAUCUGCGCCUCUCCCGCUGACAUCGCCACACAAGUCGCGCUUCUCCAUGAAACUUUUGCCCACCACCUCCCAGCCGUCCUCGAGCAGCACGACCUCACAAAUGACUGAAUCCGGAUCUGAUGCUACACUGUCCGGUUCGGGAGCAGUCAGUGGGGCUGGUGCGACAGACGAUAGCGGCAGCACAGGCAGCCCGACGGCAGACAGCCCAAUGACAUCGCCUGUCAGUCCGCCUUUGAGUGAUUCACAAAGUCCAAAGCGUGACUCUGGCAUGUGGAAAAAGCUCGGCCGCCUGAGUGGGAUGAAGGUUGGCAAGAAGAAAAGUCACGGCGGCCUGAGCACUCCAGAAGAGUGAAGCGGCCCGCACGAAAUGUGACAGAAAAGUUUCGUUCCCUGUGCGAUUGGUGCACGUCUCCGAACACACGGGUCAAGGCCUUGCGAAGAGGGAAGCUACCGUCGCAGAACAUCAUACAAGGCGUCUCCCAGGGUGUUUGAGCAGCAGCACGCCUUCGCAUAAACUCUGCCCAGGUUUGCCAGCGUUCACGUUUUUGAUGACGGCCAGGAUCUGCCGCGACUUCUGGCCCACGAAUUUAGAGAGUUUGAUGGCGUUUGGUCCUGAUAUGCUUUGCGAAUGGCACAGCACGCACCUGGCCCGGCGCGGUCUGGUGUGACUUGACGAGCAUGAAUGAGUAAAGAUACCUGAUGAUGAUAUCUGUUCGGAAGCGGCAUUCUACCAAAUUUUUAGUGUGUGCAUACACCACUCGGCGGCAUGGACUUGGUUGUCCCGGAGGAUUGGGUACGUAUCAGCGUCCCGUGAAAGUCCUCGGUAACAUGCAGUCCGAGAGGUCGAUACAAAUGAUUUGAGACUUUCUGAGGCUCACCAACAAAUUCUUCUGAGCUCUUUGACUUUUCCUCUUGCUUUCUGCUCUGCAUUGACAAGUCUUCGAAGGUCUAGACUUCAGUCUUGGUAUUUCACAGGUCGCGACUCUGACAUUGGCAAGCAAGAUGACAUUGUUUGGACAGGCAUUAAGACAUGGCAUUGACAACGACAAGGCGAGUCAGCUCCCCGGCCUGUUGGCGGCGAGCGCAAAGUACCGCGUUCCGCUAUAGCUGGGCACAUCUACGGCUACCAAGACAAG